AUGCACAAUCACAACACUUUCAAUGAAAAUUAUCCUCAACAAGUAGAAAAUGAUUGGGACUCUCCAGAAUUGGCUUUGAUUUUCCCAGAAUUGAACACUCAUGUUGUUUUUUCACAACAAGAUAUUGACAAGAUUGAGAGAGAAACGUAUGAAGUUGCGUUCGAGAUUUUCAGUGAACAUUUGGAUGAGAAAACUGCUGGAGAUUGUCAUAUUGGUGGACUCUCAAAGAAAAUGAUUCAAGAAGUGAGACAAGUAUUGGAUGCUAUCAAUCAUUGUCAAGAUCUUGAACUGAAACAAGUUGAAAAUGAAGGAACAAGUAUCGACCAAUUAAGAAGCAUUCCACCAAGACAAGGUUGA